CGAUCGCCCAAUCAGAGACGGGCGAACGCUCGGCGAAUAGCAGUCCGAGACUAGCCAGAGCGGCCCGAAAGUACGCGUGUCCGGCUUCCGGACUUACUUUGUGUUUGGCAGUCCACGGGAGAGCACGCGAUUCACUGAACAAACCUUUUUGUAUAAGCAACGAGUUCAAAGGAAAUAAUAAAGUUUACUUUUCAUUACCGUUUUUUUGUCAAAGAAAAGAGUGUGAGUGAACAUUUUUAUAAAACCUGCUCGAUAGCUCUCCUCAGAGACUCUUCCUUCACAUCCAUCACUCAUUUCCGCUCAACAGGUUAUGGGCCCAGUCACGCUGACUGCGAGGCGUUUGCGGAAACGAGUGUGAAUCGUUGAGUUGUCGAGCGCGCGAAUAAGUCGCGCGAAAGAGAGAAAAAAUCGCGAGUGAGAAAAAAACGUGGUGCGCGCGAAGCGCCGGUAGAGACACGUGAGACUGCCGAGGACGGUCAUAUUGGCAUCGUGUUCGCGAGUGAAUUCAAAGCGGUGUGCGAGCAAAAAGUAAUCCGCGAUGGCUGAGGCGAUCUCAGUAAAGAAUAUCACGAAAUUCAAUGGUACGGAUUACCAGAGCUGGAAAUUCGAGAUGCGGACGUUAUUUAUGGCCCACCGGUUAUGGGAUAUCGUAAAUGGCUCGACGCCGAUGCCGGAAGCGGGGGCCGCGCGUGAAACGUGGUCAGUAAAGAACGCGAACGCGAUGUAUUUGUUGAGCUCGACGCUCGAGCCAGAACAAAAGAGGCCCAUGCUAACGUGUGAGAACGCGUGUGAAAUGUGGAAAAAGUUAGCGCGAAUACAUGAACAGAAAUCGGCAUCGAAUAAGCUAUUGCUGUCGACGCGUUUAUACGAGUAUCGCAUGAGUGCGAGCGAUUCGAUAACGCAGCAUAUUACAAAGGUGCAAAAUAUGGCAGCGCAGUUGCUCGACGUGGGCGAAACGGUGAUCGAUACGGUGAUCAUGGCAAAAAUCCUGGGGAAUCUGACGCCGAAGUUCGCGACAUUUCAGACAGCGUGGGACAACAUGCCGCCGGAUAUGCAGACGUUGCAGAAUUUAGAAGAGCGGUUGCUUCGAGAAGAAGCAAGAAUGACAGAAAACGACGAAAGUGAAAGUGCGUUCGUGGUUUCAAAGAAAGUGAAAGAAAAAUCGAAAUCGAGAGUGAGUUCGCAAGAAGCGAAAAGUAAAAAGAACGGUCAAGACAUUCAAGACAGAAAAGAUAAGAAGAAACCCAGUCGACACAAUUUGUAACUGCUAUAUAAUUUGAGAGUAACAGUUUAUAUAACAAAUGUUUCAUAAUAUUUACAUCACAGCUACUUCUAUCUACUGCUUCUUUCUAUAUAAUAUAAAUGUGCAAUUGUUAUAUAGUAUUAACAUAACAAGUAUGUAAUGCUUCAAUAUAUAUUCAAUAUUGCAACAUUACAUUGCAGCAACAUAAAAUUUAUAUAAUUAAUGAGUUACAUGAUAAUACUAUUACUAUAUAGAAUUUAAUAAUUGCAACUAUAUAGAUGUUUUAUAUUUUAUUACAAUGAGCGCAUUCAGAGGGAGAUGCUUUUUAUUAUAUUGUGUAAUUUUAUUAUUUAUUAAAUGUAAUACAAGGAUAGAUUUACCCAAAUAAUGCUAAUCUCUCCGAAUUUAUGAUUUAAAAUGCAGACAUAAGAAAUAAUAAGUAAACAAAAUUUUAUAAUUUUUAAAAAUCUAAUUUUUGUUUAAACUUUAAUUAAGUUAAGGAAUUGAUUUUGCAUAAUUACCAAGUUUUGAAAAACUCUUUUGUACUUCAAAGUUUUUUUACUGGAAAAAUUAAAAAGUUGGAAUUUUUAUUUGAUUAUAGUUGGGACGAAACAUAAAAAAUAGAUUAAAACAAGUCAAGACGAGUUAUCAUGAAAAUAAUUUUGCAUUAUGUUUCGAUAAAAAUGCGUUUAAUAUUUUCAUACAGUUUAUAUGUUAAUAAAUACUCUUGCAAAUCUCUUUUACCUUUUUAAUUUGCAGAUCUCUCUCUCUCUCUCUCUCUCUCUCUCUCUCUCUCUCAAAAUGCAAACUAUUAAAAAUUAUCUCUUUAAUAAUCAAUUUUUUUAUAUUUCAACGCUGAAAUAUCUUUUUAUAGGAUGCUAUUACAUUUGUCGUACAAUAAAUUUUUUAGCUUGUUUUGAUUACCUGCAAAGUAAAAGAUUUCUAAAAUAAGCAAGUAUAAUAAUCGAAUGUGAGUAAAACAAUUAAGUUUGUUCAAUUUUUUGUAGCCUAAGACUUACAUAGACGAAUUUGAGAACACUAUUGUCAACGCUAUUGUUAUUCUAUUCUUAAUUGUUUUAUGUUUAAUGAACGAUAAAAGUAGAAUAACACAAUAAUACUGAAUAGCACUGAAUAGCAUACUUCCCGCGCUUUACAUUGAUUGGUUACAACUGAGGAGCGCGAGCUGUAGCGUAGCCAAUGUAGAAUUAGCCUUCCGUAUGCAAAAGUUAAUAAGGAAGAUAUAUUUCGCAAGCUGGGAUUAUUUCCUGUCCGUUUGGUUAUUCCAUGCGCAGUUAUCCACGUGGAAAAUUUUUAAUAAGUAUUAUAUCUGGGCUUUCCAAAAUUAUCGACGAUAAAAGUGAUCUAACCUCUCUCUUACCGCACAAAAGUAUACACGUGCCGUAUCUUAUUUUUAUUCUUUGAGUUUCAUAUAAUUUUGUAAAAAACCAACGGAUAGCUUUAAGCAAUCUCACAAGAAAAAUACUCUUCGAAAAAUUAGACUAACAGACGUCGCCAAGAACGAUUUUAGGUAAUUAUAAGGAAUAAUGCCAAAACCAUUACAUUUAUUAUCCAAAAGACGAAAGCAGCAAUUAAUUAAUGAUGAAAUUGCUCGUCAUCAACAUUCGUCACCAACAUUAUUAUUUGAAAGCAAUAUGAAAAAUAUUGACUCGAGUAAUGUGUCAGUAUGUGACUUAGAUUUAUACGGUCCUAAUAAUUCUGAGUGCAAGAGUAACUCAGAAUAUCACUCUAAAAUAAUAGAAAAUGAGUUGAAAUAUAUACAUGGGACUGAUGAUAUUAAUUUAUACAAUAAUUAUGAAAUGAAAAAAGGCUGUAGUAUUUUCGAAGAAUCUUGUAAAUCUUCUGACAACUUUUUAAAAGAAUUAGAUACACAUAAUACUCAAGUAACUGAUAAUAAAACAAAAGAGUUAUUGAAAGAUUUGCGCGAAUGGAUAUUACAAUUUAAUAUUGAUAGAGCUGCUGCAAAUGCUAACUCAGCUAUUUGGAGGAAACAAGGUUUUGAUAUUCCUAUCGAUUGUCGUACCAUAAUGAAAACACCACGAAUAACUAAUAAACAUAUUUCUACAAUGGGUAGUGGAAUUUAUAGUCAUUUUGGAAUUGCACUUGGAAUUAAAUCUAAAAUGAAGCAAAUUUUCUGUACUUUUCAUGAGAAAAUCUUAAUUAAUGUACAUAUCGAUGGAUUACCUUUAACUAAUAGUUCUAAAAGUGAUUUCUGGCCAAUUUUAGCUUCUAUUUGUGUAAAUUCACUUAAUCAUACAGAACCAUUUGUCAUUGGAAUUCACCAUGGCAAAAACAAACCUGAAAAUUCAAAUGAUUUCCUCAGACCAUUUGUUGAUGAAAUGAAAAAUUUAGAACAAAAUGGAAUUAGAAUUAACGCACAAGUUAUUUCUAUUAUUAUCAAUGCUAUUCUUUGUGAUACUCCUGCUCGGUCAUAUGUGUGUAAAAUUAAGGGUCAUACUGGUUAUGAAGGGUGUUCUAAAUGUAUUUAAGAAGGAAAUUUCAUUGAAAACAGAAUGAUAUUUCCUGAAAUACAAUCAACAUUAAGAACAGAUAAAUCAUUUAGAAAUAAACAGUAUCCAGACCAUCAUACAGGAACUUCUUGUUUAGAAGAAUUAAAGAUAGACAUGAUUAAACAAUUUCCGCUUGACAGUCUCCAUUUAAUAUAUUAAAUUAGGCAAUUAAUUAUUUAGGCAAUACGAAACGUUUAAUUUAGUUUUGGUAUAAAGGGCCUAAAAAUGUUAGACUUGUACAUAAUACUUUUACAGUACUUAGUGAAAAAUUAGUUGCUAUGUCUAAAUUUAUUUGUAAAGAAUUUGUGAGAAAACCAUGCCAUAUGACUGAAAUUGAACGAUGGAAAGGAACAGAACUACGUCAAUUUUUACUUUAUACAGGACCAAUUGUUUUACUGAAUGUAUUACCUAAACAUAUGUACAUGCAUUUUCUGGCUCUUAGUGUAGCUAUCAGAAUAUUGAGUGAUGAAAAAUGGUGUCAAACAUUAAAUCAGUAUGCUCAUGAACUUUUAACAUGGUUUGUUACUGAGUAUAAAAAGAUAUAUGGAGAUCAUAACGUAAUAUACAACGUUCAUAAUUUGAUACAUUUGGCUAGUGAUGUAAAAAAUUUUGGCUCUCUAGAUUUUCGUGCUUUAAACGAAAAAACCAUUGGUGAUGCGUAUCCACUACCUAAUAUAGUUGAUAUCAUAGAUCAACUAGGAGGUUCUCUCUAUUUUACUAUAUGCGAUUUAUCUUCAGGAUUCCAUCAAAUAAAAAUGGAUCCUGCUGACAGCCAUAAAACAGCUUUUACACCGCCUUUUGGGCAUUAUGAAUUUGAUCGGAUGCCAUUUGGAUUAAAAAACGCUCCUGCUACAUUUCAACGGCUAAUGGAUUUAGUAUUAACAGGAUUACAGGGAAAGGAACUCUUCGUUUACAUGGACGAUAUUGUCAUCUACGCUACCUCAUUAGAGGAACACGAAAGAAAAUUCAAUCUAUUAAUGGAUCGAUUGCGCAAGGCUAACCUUAAAUUACAGCCUGAUAAAUGCGAAUUCUUGAAAACGGAAGUAACAUACCUUGGACACGUGAUUAGUAAGAAUGGAGUUAAGCCAGAUCCUAAAAAAUUAGAGGCAGUAAAAAAUUUUCCUAGGCCUAAAACGCCGAGAAAUAUUAAACAAUUUUUGGGACUACCCGGAUAUUAUAGAAGAUUUAUACCUAAUUUUUCUAAAUUAGCUAAACCAUUAACAAACCUAUUAAAAAAUGAGGUACGAUUUGAAUGGAAAUCGGAUCAAGAAGAAUCAUUUGAAACGCUUAAACAAAAAUUAUGCGAAGAACCAGUCCUGCAAUAUCAUGAUUUUUCAAAACCUUUUGUUUUAACUACCGACGCUUCCGGAAUAGCAGUAGAAGGCAUAUUAUCUCAAGGAGAAAUAAAUAAAGAUUUACCGAUAGCAUACGCUUCGAGAACUCUAACCGACAACGAAUUAAAAUAUGAUACAUAUGAAAAGGAAGCUUUAGCAAUAAUUUAUUGCGUUAAACACUUCCGACCGUAUUUAUAUGGACGAAAAUUCACCUUAGUUACGGAUCAUAAACCUCUGGUUUGGUUUAAGAAUGCGCAAGACGCUAACAUGAGAAUACUCCGCUGGAGAUUGAAAUAGCAGAAUAUGAUUAUGACGUUGUUUACAAGGCAGGUAAAACCAACGUAAAUGCUGAUGCCUUAUCUAGAAAUCCCGUAAAUCUCGAGGAUGCAGAUUGCAAUGUGAUUAAACACAAUAAAUCUCUUAAUCCUAAUGAUCCAAAAGAUGCAGAAUUAAUUUCAAAAAUGUUAGAAGAAUCAGAUGAAGAAGAAGAGGACAAAAAUUUCGAGCUUUAUCUUUCAGACAACGAAGAAAUAGACGAGUGCGUGUCGGGCGAUUUAGCCGACGAGCACCACGAUUUGACAACGUCUGUACAUAAGAAAACGAGUGAAGCACUAAAAACUCAGAUCGAAACAGCUCUUAUACAUGACCCUCCUGACCAUAAUGGAAUACAGACACGAAGUCAAACAAAGAAUAAGAAUACUCAAUCACCAGAAGAAUUAAGAGAUUAUGAAGAGGAAAUUA